GAUUGGCUAUAUGUUGCAUGCGCAUUUAGAUGCUGUGGUGCGCAUGUACGGUCACGUCGCGCUGCCUAGCGUUAAGUUUAAUUAUUGAGAAAGUUGAGGUUAAGUAUUGUUGAAGUAUUGCUGUUAACCGCUGUUAAAUAUGUCAGUUUUUGGUGUAAAGGAGGAUGGUCAGACUCUGACCGUCAGGGGCCGAAAUUUAUUAACCACUUAGGCACCUAAAAUUUUAGUAAGGCAUCAUUCUAUAGAUCUCAAGUUCCGAUUAAGGUUUCAUAUUCCAGAGGACGUUUAAAACACUAUCCCACCACCUAACAUUGGAGUUUCCUACCCCUGCGCUACACGCGUAUUGUCAUGGCAGAUUUCGCGUUGAACGAACUCAGUGGCGAUCAGACUGAGAAGAUCCUCCAGUUCCAGGAUUUGACUGGCAUCGAAGACCUGUCAAUCUGCAGAGAUGUCUUACAAAGGCAUAACUGGAACCUGGAGGUUGCUGUACAGGAACAGUUAAAUUUGUACGAAGGAAGGCCGUCAAUGUAUGCACAAGAUUCACGAUCAAGGCCACCACAAGUUGUUGAUGAUAGCAGUUCGAGAAUAUAUUUCCAUUAUUCUGGAAGUUCCAGUGGCAGUGGUAGUUACUUAUGGUAUAUCUUUUCCUUGUGUUAUGAAAGAGUAAUCAGUAUCCUGCAGCUAGUCCUCUCAAUAUUUAGAGGGAAUGCUGGACCUGUGUCCUCCGACCCAGUGGAAGAUGUAAUUAACUUCAUUAGAUCCUAUGAAGAACAUUAUGGUAGCAGUCAUCCUGUUUUUUAUCAAGGGUCAUACAGCCAAGCUCUUUCUGAUGCAAAACAAGAAUUAAGAUUUUUAUUGGUCUACCUUCAUAAAGAUGAAGCUCAAGACAUUGAUCAAUGGUGCAGGAAUACCUUAAAUAAUCCAGAAGUAAUUCGAUUCAUAAACAUCCGUACUUUGUUUUGGGCAUGUAAUGUACAAUCUGGAGAAGGCUACAAAGUGGCUGAAGCCCUCAGACCUGGUUCUUAUCCUUUCCUGGCUAUUAUUGUUUUAAAAGAUAACAGAAUGACAAUAGUUGGCCGAAUGGAAGGUACACCAUCUCCUUCAGAUGUUAUAUCUCGUCUGCAAGCAAUUAUAGAUCACAACGAAAUUAACUUAAUACAAGCGCGCCAAGACAGAGCAGAACGUAGCGCUGCGCAAUCAUUGCGCCAGCAACAAGACCAAGCCUACGAGGAAUCGUUACGCGCGGAUCAAGAGAAGGAUCGGAAAAGGGAGGAAGAACGAAGAGCUCGGGAGGAGCAAGAAGCUAAAGAAAAAGAACAAUUAAAUGCACAAGAAUUGGAAAUCCAACGUGUUCGUCGCGAGAAAGAACUCACUAUUCACAAAGUACCCUCGGAACCAGAAUCUAAUAAUCCUAAUGCAUGUCAUCUUCUAAUUAAGCUCGGGGAGAGAACAAUGAAAAGACGGUUCCUCAUGUCUGAUACAAUAGAGGAUGUAUAUCACUGGAUCUUUAGUCAACCCGAUUCACCAAACUGUUUCGAAAUAACUACAAGUUAUCCAAAAAGAAUUCUGUACCCGUGCAGAGAAAUCUCAACUUUGUUGGCUGCUGGACUAAAUCAAAGAGAAGUUCUUCAUGUUAACGACUUAGACGAUUAA